AUGGCUGCCGGCAACGUGACAGUCAUGGAAGCUCUCGCCUUCGGAGAUCGGCAGACGCUGCUCAGACCAUGCGUGGACUGCGGCCUCCUUGCGGGCUGCUUCUGUGACGGGCUCGAAGCGCCGUGCUUCGCCGCUCGGCGUGUGCCCAGUGAACAGUGGGCUUGGAAUCAGGCAACGCCACUGUGCACUCAAUGCGAUCGUGUGCAAGAGGCAUGCCACUUCUGCUGUGGUCAAGCAUGGUGCACGCCUCCAGCACACGACGGUCGCAGGCAGUCGUCAGCCACUGAAGCCGUGUUCACAGCAGAGGUCCCGGAACUCUUUGUGAACGCUUCGGAGGCUGCCAAAGCGGAUUCAAUAGACCGCUCCCAAGGGUCAAACAAGGAGCAAGCUCCCUUCGCAACUGAGUCUGUACAUGUCGACCUUCGUUCGGGAGAUGUGCUCGCAUCUUCGCAAAAGAAAGUGUGA